CCUCCUUGGACGCUUGGUGCGGGCAGGGAGGCUUCCUUCCUGAUCCUGGCCCUUGGGAUCCGGCGGGGUGGAUCUGCCCUCUGUCCGCCUCUCUCUCCCCCUCCCACAGAGCGUCCCUGCGGGCAGCUGGCUGGGCUGGGCUGGGCAGGCUGCCUGCAGUCUGCCAGCCGCCGCUGGGAGGGCUGCUCUUCCGGCCCGGGAGCCCUCCUCACCUCUCCCAGCCCAGAAGGUGGCCAUGCGAUGGUGGCGGCAGCCUGGAGGAGGGCUGGGGGGGUGCGGCUGGAGCCCCUGAGGGAGCCGGGGGCACGUCCUUCUCUUAUCCCUGAGCGCCGGGAUGAAAUCAUGCAGCAGGAGAUCCGGCCCCUCGCGGCAGUGGAUAUCAUAGAACAACUCCACAGACAGUUCGCCAUCUUGUCAGGAGGCCGAGGGAAAGAUGGCGCCCCAAUCAUAACCUUCCCUGAGUUUGUAGGUUUCAGUGAAAUCCCUGACGAAGAUUUCCUGAAUGUUGUGACCUACUUGACCAGCAUCCCCAGUCUGGAGGCUGCCAGCAUCGGGUUCAUUAUUGUUAUCGACAGAAGGCGAGACAAAUGGAGCUCCGUAAAGGCAUCUUUGACCCGAAUAGCAGGAGCGUUUCCAGGAAACCUGCAGCUUGUCUUUGUUCUUCGGCCAUCCCGCUUUAUCCAGAGGACCAUCGCUGACAUUGGCAUUAAACUCUAUAGAGAUGACUUUAAAAUGAAGAUCAUCAUGUUGAACUCUGUCUCUGAUCUCCAUGGCUACAUUGAUAAGAGCCAGCUGACUCGGGAGCUGGGAGGGACCCUAGAGUAUGGCCACGGACAGUGGAUACACCAUCGAACGGCCAUAGAAAACUUUGCCGUGACGGUGAAGACCACAGCCCAGAUGUUACAGACCUUCGGGACUGACCUGGCCGAGACGGAGCUGCCCAACGAUGUCCAGUGCACAGAGCAGCUCCUGCAGGCACACACGGAGCGGCACAGCGAGCUGAAGGCUGAGCUCAAGCUGGCAGGGAGCCAGGGGGCCACAUUACUGUCAUGCAUCCGAGAACCAGCCAGCAAGAAUCCCAACAGCAAGCUCAACCCUGAUGAACUGGAAAACAUCCUGACGGUGGAAAGGUUACUGGCACAGCUGGAUGAGACAGAAAAGGCCUUUGACCAGUUCUGGACCAAACAUCAUCUGAAGUUAAACCAAUGCCUUCAGCUGCGGCACUUUGAGCACAAUUUCAGAGAGGUUAAACUCACCCUGGACAGCCUCAUGGGUAUACAGGCAAAACUCACAGUCAUUGGGGAUAACGUGGCGCGUGUGGAACAACUGCUGAGGGAGCGGAAGCAGCUGGAGGAGAGAGGACAGGAGCCCCUGGAGAAGGCCCAGGCCCUGGCAGCCACUGGGGACCAGCUCAUCCAAAGCAACCACUACGCGGUAGACUCUAUCCGACCCAAGUGUGUGGAACUCCGGCGCAUCUGUGAUGACUUUGCCAAUGAGGCCAAGAAGAAGUGUGACAUUUUGGGGAAGGCCCUAGAAAUGCAUAAACAACUGGACUCGGCCAGUCAGUGGUGUGAAGACGGCAUUUACCUUCUAGCUUCCCAAGCCCUGGACAAGUGUCAGACCCAGGAGGGAGCCGAGACCGCCCUGGGGGACAUCGAGAAGUUCCUGAGCACUGCCAAGGAGCAGCAGCUGCUCAGCCCCCAGGAAUUCUACAGCCAGUUCCACGUGGUUCUCACCCCGGAGAUCAAGGAAAAUGUGGACAAAGUCAUUCAGAAACUGGAAGAUGUGCAGGAAAUGUUUGACAGGAGACAAGUGAGCCUGAAGAAGCUGGCAGCCAAGCAGACACGUCCUGUGCAGCCCGUGGCCCCCCAUCCAGAGUCAUCCCCGAAACGGGCCUCCCCCAAAGCCAGCCGGCCGCCCACCCUCGCUCCCAGUAGGAGAAUAUCUGAAGUUCCCUGUCCUCCCAAGACAGUGAAUGAAGCAGAAUUGUUAAAAAAGAAAAGCAUCAAGAAACCCAAAGGUGGGAUUAAGAUUGAAGUGAUGCAUGAAGCCAGUCAAGGUGGGUCCAGCAGAAUAUUGGUGAUGAGUGAAAGUGAAGAGAAUCUCUCGACCAGGAGAAGCCACAUCAUGCAUGAGCUGAUUGAGACAGAGAGAGUUUAUGUUGAAGAACUUCAAAGUAUCAUUGAGGGUUAUGCGGCAGAAAUGGACAAUCCAGACUUAAAUCACCUGAUCCCGGUCGCUCUUCAGAACAAAAAGGAAAUUCUCUUUGGCAACCUCCAUGAAAUCUAUGAGUUCCAUAAGAGAAUUUUUCUUAAAGAACUGGAAAACUGUGUUGAAAAUCCUGAGUUUCUUGGCCGGUGCUUCCUUAAAAGGAAAGAGGAUCUUCAAGUCUAUGAAAAAUACUGUCAAAAUAAGCCCCGGUCUGAAACACUCUGGCGACAGUGUGGCGACAGCAUCUUCUUUCAGGAAUGUCAGCGCAAGUUGGACCACAAACUCUCCCUGGAUGCUUACCUCUUAAAACCAGUCCAGAGAAUCACAAAGUACCAGCUGCUCUUAAAGGAGAUGCUCAAGUGUAGCAAGAAUUCAGAAGACACAGCAGAGCUGGAAGAGGCCCUGGCCACCGUCCUGGACAUCAUCAAGUCCGUCAACGACUCCAUGCAUCAGAUCGCCAUCACCGGCUACGAGGGAGACCUCCACGAGCUGGGUAAGCUGCUGAUGCAGGGCUCCUUCAGCAUCUGGACCGACCACAAGAAGGGCCACAACAAGGUCAAGGACUUGGCCAGGUUCAAACCCAUGCAGCGGCACCUCUUCCUCUACGCCAAGCUUCUGCUCUUCUGUAAGAAGCGAGAGGACAGUGUGGACGGGCACGAGAAGUCUCCCUCGUACAGCUUUAAGAAUUCCCUCAAGAUGAGCAUGGUUGGCAUCACAGAAAACGUGAAGGGAGACAACAAGAAGUUUGAAAUUUGGUAUAAUGGUAGAGAAGAAGUGUACAUCAUUCAGGCAUCUUCCGUAGAAUUGAAAAACCUCUGGGUUUCUGAGAUCCGAAAAGUCUUGACGGGACAACUGGAAGCUUGCAGAGAAGCAAGUCAGCUACACCAAAGAAUCACAGAAAGUGUCUACCAUGCACCCAUGGAUACAUCCAACUCCUCCAGGUAUAGCAGAAAAUCAGCAAGUAUCUAUGAAAACAAGCCUGAGUCAUCGGGACUAGAAAAUUCUACCAGCAAGAACCCAAACCCCAGUCCCAACAGCAACAGGCAAAAGCGAGCUGAUGCUUCUGCCAACCUUCCCCUUGAGCGCUCAGCGCUUGCUAGAAAGCGAUUCACAUUGCAAGGGCUUUCCAAUCGCCGAGCUCCACCCAAAGAUCCUGAAACUAAAGAGAAGGAUGUCACCCGGCGCUUCUCCCUCGCCUCCUCCCUUGGCACCACAGCUCCUACCCCCACCGGCCUCACCAAAGGUCCUCCUGGUCCUGCAGUUAAAGUCAAGAGGCAUGAAAUAAAGAGUGACCCAACACCUCUUGGGUUUGAAGAUGCUUUUGAGGAAUCCAUCCUGGCCCAGGCUAAAUGCAGUGGCAGGUCCACCUCGAGAACAGUCCCGAGGUCUGCCUCGCAGACAGGCUGGCCCAGCAGGCAGCUUCCCUCCCUGGACACCUUUGAGGAUUUUGAAGUCAUCCCCUCCAGUACAGAUGAACUCUCCAACUCUUCAGAUAUGGAAGAAGACACCAGCACUCAUAAUGUGUCCGGCGGCCUUUUCCGAGUAGAGGGCAGUUAUGAAACCUGCUCCCCAGAUUCACUCACCCUGGAAGAUGGCGACCUGGUACAGUUUGUACAGGAGGGAGAAAAUGGACAAUGGUUAGUAAAGAAAUUGGUUUCUGAGAAAAGCGACUGGGUGCCCUCCAGUCUUCUUCAUCCUGCAGGUGUAGAUGGUGACCAGGUUCACAAAAAUAACAACACAGAAAUGUAUCCCAAUUCCCAUGACCCGGGGCUAACAGAUUCGGAAAGGAAGGAGAACAACCUGGUGCAAAGACUAUCAGCCGUGCAGAAGGCUGAGAGCUGAGCCCACCUGCCUCUGCCUGCUCAGACCACCUCCUCCAUCCAUCUCUUACCUUUGGUUUUACUUUUGGCAUUUCCCUCUCCUCUCCCACCCCAUUUCUAUCCCAUUUCCCUGGAUACCGAAGUCUGCCUGGAUUUCUGGGAAACUCCUGACUCCCAGACCUACUGGAACCACUCACUCUGGUCAAUAAGUGGAAGCAAAGGAAGCCUUUUUCAAGAUCCAAGACAAAAGCCAAGACUUCUUGGUUGUUAGUGGAGCCAUCCAAGAAUGGUGGCCUAAAUUUGUUCCCCCACCCCACGCCCAAGUGAUGUGUUAGCCAGGGCCUGGCAGUUUGGUGAAGCUGCUGGGAUCAGAUCAGUGGGGCUGAUUGCUGCUCCCAGGAACACUCCUUUUCUUCACACCAAGCAUCAAUGAUGCCCCAUCCUUCAUUAAAAUUUCUCACCAAAGUGAUCCCUGGGGAGCAGGGGGGGAUUUGGGACAUCAGCUGGCCCUUUUGUUACCCUGGCACCAAAGCCAUUCAGGACGGCCAUUAGCAAGUAGGCCAGGGGCCCCGCUCAGUCUUGAGCCUUGUUAAUGUUUCCCAUUGGGAGAGGCUGACUGCCAGUCAUCGUACUCACCAAUAUCUCCCAGAGAUGUCAGGGUCUGGCCUAUCCUCACACUCACAUCUGUUACAAAUGUGGAGAAAUGGUGAGGGAGGAAGCCCUUCUGGCAGGAAUGUGUCCCAUCCUCAUUCUUGUGUCUUGUGUAUGGAUGGGGACAAAUAGGCUGUACAUAGAUCCCAAGCUGCUGUUCUAUCUGGAACAAGUGUCAUGGUGCUAGGAGAGUAGGGAGAGCCUUGUACCCCAAUAUCUAGGAGAAGAAAAUCUCAUUGGAGAGGAUGUUUCAUGAUCAUCACAAGGAUGGAGGGAAGGGAAGUAUAAAGUCAUCAUUUCUAUCUGUGGGGAAACUUCCUGCAUCCCAGGAUAUUUAAUAGCCAUCUUCAACCCCAUCCUUCCCUUAUUUCUCCCCGUCAGUCCUCCCUCUGCUCUUGAAUAUGCUUCUUUCUGCUGCUCUUUAUAAGAAGGUUGAUGAGCCCUGUAGGACAGGCAGGAGUAUGGGGAAGAAAGGAGAGACCCUUUGUUAUCCCAAAGAAGACUUCCUCACCUGUGAUUACACCAGCCUUACUUGACUCCAAGAGGAAAAAUUCUGAGGCUUUAUUCACAGUAAGCAGGUGUAGGGGGAAAUAGCCCUAAACUGGAGAAGCUGAGGGGAAUCUGAAACUUAAUUGGUUGAUUUUCUGAUUUCCUACCCUGGGAGAUGAUUGGGAAUUGCUUUGUUAUCUCAAGUAGGCUCACAGACCCUCAGCAAGAAACUAGACUACACAUUCAGUUCCAUGAAAAAUACCUAAUAUUGCAGUCAGAAAGUCCUCUAAACUGGCAAGCCAAUAUCUCUUCUCUACUAUCAUGGGCAACCCACAGGCUCCCCCAAAUUCCCUUUGACCAAACCCUUGGUGUAUGCUUUCUAUUCAGAUCAACUGUCUGAGAAGUUGUCAUGAGUCUGUGCUGGAACAUCCCAUUUUAAUAUAUUUUUGGUCAUUGUAGUGGUUGUGGCAAUAUCUUCUAGCUUAAUAGCCAUAUGACACCAACCACCUCAUUCCUGUUCCUUCCAGUGUCAUGGUAUGCACCCUGAUGUGAUCCUCAUCAAAAUUCAGUUUCUCAGAGCAAACACUUUUGCUGUCUGAAUUUGGAAAACACCUGAAUUUUUAGGAGACUACAAGUUGAAUCACAUGCAUUUAUGAAUACCUAAACACACAUAUACCCAGAGGCACAGGGGCAGUUCAUCAGUUGUUUUUCUGGGCUUUCAUUGACCCAUGUUCAUUCUUUUCCUGAGGAGCUGAGCAGACAUUCUUCCUGAAUGUAAACAGAUGAAAUUGCCCUAUAGAACAGUAUAAGGUAAGAAAUUAUUAGAGUUGAAUAGAGGUAUCAGUUGCAUGUUCCAAUCCAUUGAGAAAGGAAAUAGCCAUGUGAGGGAGAGAAAGGCUCUGGGGAAUAAUGAGAGGGUCUGGUUGGAGAGUGCCUACCAAGAUUCCCAUGAAUUCUCCUUUGGUCUUGCUAGUCUAUUUCUCCCAUAUGUGUUGGGGAAUCAUAGGUUCUUUCAAGAUCCAUAUUUCCCCAUGCCAAAAGCAGCACUUUCUAUUUGACAAGUACAAAGGCCAAAAAAUGUCCCCCAGGAGUCCUAUAGUGCUUCUCCCAAGAGGCUCCUGCCUCUUGUCCACAUGCACCUCCCUGAACUGAAUGAGAUUUUUUUCCCCAUUCAUUUCCACUUAUCCCAUUAGCUACUGGGAUGAGCUCAAACCCACUAGGUGUGGGAGGCUUCCUUUCAUUUUUCUGCAGGAUGCAUCCUACUUUCCCCAGCAUCUUUUCAGCUAAAUGGAACACCUGGCUGGAUACCACUUCUCCCACAUCCUCAAGUUAUAUGAAAAUAGGUGGACCAAUUUGAAAAGACUUUAAAAAAAUAUAUCCAAUAUAAUGACUAUAGAUGUUUUCUAUCCCUCUGUAUCUCUGAAUGUUCUAUGUGACUCUAUGGGGAUUCUCUCUGUAAUUAGUACUUAAUCUCAAUGCCCUUGUGUUAGUGCAUGCAUCUCCCUGGUGGUAGAGUUCAUGGUCCCACCUUAGCCAUUAUUACUGAAACUGCAAGUUGCUUUCUUUUUUUUUUUUCAAAAAGUCUCUACAAACCCAAAAUGUUUUCUAGCCUCAGUUUCCUCAUCUUAGCAGAUUUCUGGACUUCAACCCUUUUACCUUGUCUUUCCUAAGUUCUCCACCUUCCAUGAUGGUUUGUUGGGUUUUUGUUUUAAAACAAAUUGGCAGGAAAACAUUUUGUUUGUUGCCAGAAGGGGCAAAAACCAUCAAGACUCUUUGUGGGUCAGCUUGGCUCUUAGUUUUGGGCUUCAAAAAAGUGGGGAGGGGUGGAAGGGAGGGGAAGAUGGGAGAGGAGGAUGGAGAUAGGCCUCUUGGUCCAGAUCCAAGAUAUAUUGCUCAUAUUUCAGAAGAACUUCAUUUUUAUCUUCCCUUUCCCUCCUUUCUAGCCGUGUAUAAGGGCAUUUCUUUUCUCAUUGGCAUGGAGAACGCCUUCAGAUAACGAGGAGAUCUUUAGUCUUGAAAGAACCUCCAUGGAAUGAUAAUAUUAGAUUGUAGGGGGAGGGAGGCUGGGAGGGUUAGUAAUUAGAUAAAAGGAUCUGGGUGCUGCUCUGUUAUAUGUCAUUCUGUUCCCCUUUGCCAGGACAAUCUUUUCUGCAGUGUGUUACUUUCCGGUAAACAGGGAAUUAUUAACUAGUGCAUUACAAUCCACACACUGUGCAAACUGGCAUCACGAAAUGCCAGGUGAGAUGGCUCCUCUGGAAGCUACUUCACCCACAGUCAAACCCAUGGGGCUCCCACCACGGGCCAUCAGACUCAGACACUUUGCACUCUGCCCACUGGAGUGGCCAAACUUUCCUUCUAAGCUGUUCUGAGAUUUGGAUCAGGUCCAGAGUGAGAAUAAUUGAGAAGCCUUAUGCCAUUUCUGAGUCUGCCGGCCAAACGGUGAGAUCUUCAGAAGGAAAAGGACACCAAGAAACUGUGGGUGGUGGGUUCAUUUCAGCCUUCCAUUAGUCCGGAACCAAAUCACCUUGAGGACUCGUCUAAACCACUGACAUUUGCAACAGUUUGUGAUUCUUAAUGGGGUUUUUUCCAUUGUUGUAUGAGGAAGUUAUUUAUAUAUUGUUAUUGGGAAGAUAAUCAGACAGAGGCCAGAGCACGGAAUUCUGCUGUUAAGUUGUCUGAUUGUUCGGGCUGAUUUUGAUUUGGGUUUGAAUUUGGGAUUUGGGGUUUCUUUUGUUUGGUUGGGUUUUGGCCAGAAUUGAAUGUAUGAGUUUCUACCUUAAAAAAUGUGUGAAGCCAAUUUUUCUGUAAAUAUGCCAUGAUGUAGGAUGACACUUUGUUUGGACUUUAUAAAAAUGAUACCUACAGUA